UAGUCAUAGUUCACGGAAUAUGCCGCUUGUUGCUCUCAUUUCCACCAAAGUUCACGUAAAAGUAGAACCUUCAUGUCGCAGAUAACAAGUUUCACUGAGCCCGUUUUGCCGCUUCUUCGUCUCCGUCCCCCUAAGCCAGCCCUGGAGAUAUGCCUCAUCAAGUCCGGUGUCACUUGGUGAUUGGGUGAAAUAGGUACCCGGUGCCUGCAUGUUAUCGUAUAUUAUAAAACGCGUGGUUUCUUAAUGCUGAGAACAACUAACCAGCCUCUCUUCUACCAAGACUACCAGGAGGGGAACAAUGAACAUAACACCCAAAGUUGAGUGUGUCGCUAUGACGCAAGACCUUGCAAGACUGCCGGGGAAGACAAAGCGACCAUUGGCGCUGCGCCUCAACCAGGCACUAGUGACAUAUGGCGUGUCGUAUAUCUCGUUUAUUCCAAACGAGCUCCUCGAGAUGAUAUUUGUAGAGACAGUCAAAGCAACUAGAGCAGAUGAAGACUCCUCUUCUUCAUGCGUCCCCACCAGUCUACGCCUCCGCCCCAGGCCUGAGCUUCUGCUUGCGAGUGUUUCACAGCAUUGGAGGGCUGUGGCGCUCGGGAUGCCGUUGCUUUGGACAGACAUUCGACUUUUCCUCCGGCAGAAUGUAGAUCUCGUCAAUCUUUACUUGACCCGCUCGCAAGGACAGCUGCUUGACAUGCGAUUCACUGGCAUUCACAAUCAGGGCUUGCCUGAGUUUGACCCAGAUUACUUGCGCAUAUCCUGCAUUAUUCUUUCUCACAUUCAUGUCUGUCGCCGCUUGGAAGUUCACGGGGCUUUCCCAUUCCCAAAACUUCUAGAUGGGUUCAAGCACAUAAGGGCACCAAUGCUAGAAGAACUUAUCGUGCACUAUCCGCUUGACAUCCCGAAUAGCAGACAUCUCUUGUUCACCGAAGGUCUGCCUUCACUCACGUCUAUUGAACUAGGAAAUUUCUCAUCCAUCUCCUCAGACUUGUUAUUGUCUGCAGACCGCCUUACAGCGCUCACCUUAAAUGGCUUGUGGGUUUCCGGUCUUUCCCCUGAGAAUUUCAGCAACCUGCUCUCUCAUCUCACUUCGCUGACUCAUCUCACGUUGAUCGGUGAACCAGUGGAUUAUGUUCGCAGCAGGGAUAUCCCAGUCGUUGAAUUACCUUUACUCCAGACAAUGAUCCUCAAACCCGGACCAAAUAUUUCCAGGACGUAUAUGCCUACCAUCUUCCGGGCAAUACGCGCCCCCGCGCUACGCGAGCUGGUAUUGGAUUUCCACACUGCGACCUCAUCCCGUGAUCUCCAGUCGCUCGUGGACAAGCUGAACCGUGGAGCACCGCCCUUCCCCUCUGUACGCCUUCUCACAUUGUGUAGCAGGUUCAUGGCAUACGACGGGUGGCAUGCCCUUGCCCACGCAUUCUCAGGCAUAACGACUCUCUCAGUCUCGAAGUGUAUCGUGAACCAGUUGAUGGGCUUCCUGUCAUGUGCGGGGAGACGAGAUGCAUUCCCGAAUUUGCGGACACUUUUGUUUGAUGAUAUGCAGUUCGAGUGGUCGUUGCUACUCCAACUAUUGCAGAUCAGGGAGGCGGCGGGGAUGCCUGUUCGCGAGGUCAAGAUGAGGGGUUUUGGGAAACAUGCGCAAUCUGAACUAGUUGGGAAGUUGGUGACUUCUCUUGCUACGUACACUCCCGUUGUGAUUGGUUGGACUUGAGUCACUUGAUCGCGACAUGUAUAGGGCCUAGGCUAAAUACGGGAUUUGUCCAAAUGGUGUGCCGUGAACGUUUUCGGCUGACGAAAUUACCUACCUUUCUGUGGAAGUUGCCCAUUCAUUUGUGAUCCUCGCUGCCGUCGACGACGGUGCACAUCAAUGUUUAGGAAGUCAGUAUCCAAGGUGGUGCCUUCUAGGGCUUUGCUUCGUCCCCAGCGCGGGUUUUCCAUUUCACUCCCCGUCAAGAGAAUCGUUGCGACUAAUCCGAUCAAGGCAGAGGACCGUGACGCCAAGUCCUG